ACAAGUCGUCCCAUUGAAUCAAAUUUUGUCUUAACUCAACUUUGAAGAAGAAGAAGACAGAAGUGGACAUAAAACCAAUUUUGUGUUUCACUUAUCGACUUUGAAUUUCCAUUUAUUUAUUAUUACAAUACAUUUGAAACAUUUCUUAUUUGGCUAUUUAUAUAAUAUAUUUAUUGGUAAAAUGUCAUUCAGAUUUACAGUUAACGGCAAUCACUUUUCAGUACUAAAUAUAAUGAAGUGUUCAUUAAAUUGUGUAAUAGUGUCGUAUCUAUUGUGUAAUUUACUAUUUCUGGCAGUAAUGGCAAUGCCAGAGAUAUCUCCCGGUGCUGUAGGUUUGAGCCAUAAAUUAAAUGCUGAUUCAAAAGGUUCAAUCAUGUCUUUGGAGAAGAGAGCGAAACCGCGUCAAUACAACUUCGGUAUCGGAAAAAAGUCAGACUUUAACGAUGAAAUUGGUUUACUUGACGACCAUUUAGACGAUUCAGAAGAAACCUAUGGUUCAGAUGUCGAUAAAAGAGGUGCCGAACAAAACAGAUUUGCUUUUGGUUUAGGAAAACGAGCAAAAAGUGAUCAAAGAUUUCAAUUUGGAUUAGGUAAAAGAGCCAAUCAAAAGGACAAUAGAUAUGCAUUUGGAUUGGGUAAGCGCCAGGAUUUCGAUGAAUAUAUCAAAAGGAGGUAUUCUUUCGGAUUAGGAAAACGAAAUCCAUUGCAACAUUCACUACAAAACUACUACAUAAGUGACACGCGAUAAACAAAAAUACAUU